CUAAAAUCGUGGAAAAUAAUCUCGCAAAAUGAACCCGCAAAUGGCAGGAUACGGGCAAUAUCCACAGCAGGGCUGGCCGCAACCUGGAAUUCUGCCAGCGGCCCCCCUAGGACCUCCAAUGAAUGGUGGUGGACAGCAGGCACAACACUUGGCUAAUCAAAUGCAAAGCAUGGGCCUCAGUGGAGGCCCACCAAAGGUUGGGGGACCUCCUCCGGCCAUGGGUGCGCUACCACCUUCCGCUGCAGGUCUUGGCGCGGGUAGCUACCCUCAGCCGGUGCCUCAGCAACAACAACCUCAACAACCAUCGCAACUCCAGCAAGGACCACCACCCGGUAUGGUCAACGGCCCACCGGGAAAUGUAAAUGCAGGAUCUGCUGGUGUCGGAAGACCUCCGCUGGCACAUGCGACCAAUUACGGACAAACAAAUGGACAUCAAAUGAGUGCUCCUUCGCCAACAUCCGCUCCGGCACAGUAUGGUGCAUCUUUACCACCGAUGCCUUCAGCGGGUGGUCCGCCGCGGCCAGGGCAGCCCUUUCAGUCGCAACAACAACCACCGUAUCCCGGAGGUCCACCGGCGAAUGCCGGAUAUACUCAACAA